GGAGCCCCGUCCCGUACGACUCACUUGCCCCGGACCCGCUCAGAAAAGCUGCCUUCAUCCCGACGACCAGCUUAAAAAAAAAAACACACACACACAACCGUUUCACGUUUGUUUUACGCCUCGUUUACAAUGUGAAGAAGAACAUGGCCGGGACAAGCGCUGAUUGGGUGGAGAUCCUGGAGCCUCGCUCCCGCGAGCGCAUGUAUGUGAACCUGACCACUGGCGAGUGCGGCUGGGACCCCCCGUUGAACGUUCCUGUCCGCCAGGCCGACGGAAACCAGUGGUGGGAGCUCUUCGACCCCCAGAGCGGCCGAUUCUACUACUACAACUCUACCGGGCGCCGCACAGUCUGGCAUCGACCCCAGGGAGCUGAUAUUGUGCCCCUCUCCCAGCUGCAGGCCAUGAGACGGUGCAGCGAGGCCAAGCGUGCCGGAGGGGGCGGCGUGGACAGGCCCAACCAUGGGAGUAUCGGCAGUGUAGGGAGCCAGGGGCGCUUCACGCCGCUGCCCGAGCAGGACGGAGACGGCCCUGUCCCCAGAGCUCCGGAGGCCAAUGAGGAGACUGUCGACCCCGAGCUGGACCCCGCCGUGGACAGCAGAUCGCAGGGAGACGGGAGCAGCGCCGACAAUAGCACGGAGGGCAGUAAAGACCAACCGAGGGAUGCCUCUCAAAGAUGGCAGCCUGCACCUGGAUCUAAGGCAGCCAUGUUGGUGAAAGUGAACAGCAUGAGCCGUAGCCAGCCCAUUCCAGCCUCGCCGCCGCCGCCGCAGCAGCAGCCGCCGCAGCAACACCUCCAGCACAGUGCACACAGCAAAGCCAACACCUUCACCCUGCACCCAUCCGGCAACAAGCCCCAGGGGGGACACUUAAACACUACCCAGGGAUAUAAAACUGCCCCUUCUGGCAAAAUCACCACUGACGCACGUCAGGCCCAUCACCUGAGAAAAGCCAGCAAUGGCAGCUUCUGUUUGGUGACAUUAGACGGUAGCCAUCCCAGUCCACUCCUUCACAGGGCACAGACCAGCACACCGUGCCCCGUCUCACCCCAGUAUGGCUGCACUACCCCAAUCUAUGACGAGCCAGUGUCUGAGUGUCCCAUAUAUGACGAACCCCCGACUGACAUGGAGGUAGAGGGGGCGCACCUGUACAAUGGACCUCCUCUGUCUCGCCUGACACCUACCCAUAGCCUCCAAAAACCCAGACACCUCCAGCACCCUGGUUCUUCUCAUUCAGGGUCCAGACACAGGAGGAAUCCCUCUGCCUCUGACUACAGCCCAGCUGGUCUGGAGUGCAUCAAGCACAUGAUCAACGUGGACCCUAAACAGGGGCUGCUAUCCGGCUCUCCUGUACCCACACGUAGCCCUUCCCCUACCUCCAGGCAGGAUCCGGUCUCGACCCAGCCACAUCUCCAGCCCCAGGCCCACUCUUUGCCCCAGACUCGAGCGCCGUUGAGGGACAGAGAGCCAGGGACCCCAGGCCCAAGUACACUGGACAAGAAGCAGAGCUGGCGGGUCCUUGAGGCCACUGUCCAGCGCGCCAUGGAGGCACGACACAGCAGGCAAAGCAGCCAGGCCUCGCAAGACUUCCCCUCCUCUACCCCCCAGGCCACAGCAAACUAUCAAGACUCUGGUUACUCCACCGGCCCCUCUCCAAGUCUGAGAAGAAAGAGCAGGAGGCGGGUGGGAGCCGGUGGUGGCGCAGGAGGCCGGCCGGGGUCGGUAGGCAGCAGCGGGGAGCUGUGCGCCCUCAACGAGAGGCUCAUGGCCGAGAUGAGGGAGGUGGUGAGUCGCUCCAACACCAUGAGGGAGGUGCGAGCUGGGCUGGAUCCGGAAAUGGGGGAGAUGGUGGUCGUACCCCUGACGCGCUCCCCUGCCGACUCACUCCGGUGGUACGGAGGAGGGGGUUCAGCAAGCAGGUGUGCAUCACGGGAGGAACUCACCGGGGCUCCCCGGUCACUGAGCAGGGCUGGCAUCCCUGCGCUGACGCCUCUGGAGAUACCAGGGAGGCAGAAAAGGACCUAUGAGAAGGUGGACACCUUGGAGUUGAGUGUGAAUAGCCAGGCCAGCCUGUCCUCGCCAGAGACCCCAGGGCCGCCCUCCCAGGAGGGCACCCUUGAACUGCAGGCUCAGUUGGAGAGCAGGAAGAAAGGCAUGGUGGAUGGGCGCACCGCUUCCCUGGGCCCUCACCGCCCUGCCAACCAUGACAACAGGGAGGGAGGUGACGGGGCAGGAGGCAGAGCGAGGGGGUCCUCCUACCAGCUCUCCUACGCCACCCUGCGGCAGCCCCCGCCUCCCAACAUGGGCAUGGAGGACUGGGCCAGCAAGCACCUCAACAUGCACACGCAGGGCCUGUUCCGCCGCCGCGUCUCCAUCGCCAACAUGCUGUCGUGGAACCGCGGGUCCAUCAAAAAGCCCAUGCUCGUCACCAGCAACCGCGCCGUCCGCAAGGAGGCCUGCGAGAUGUUCAAGCUGGUGCAGGCCUACAUGUUGGACCGGCCCUCGCGCCUGGACCGCCGGCACUGCGUCCUCCUCAUCAUCACCAAGUGCUGGGACAUGCCGGGGCUGCGGGACGAGCUGUACGUGCAGCUGGUGAGGCAGACCACGGGCAACGCCACCCCCAGGAGCUUGGCGGCCGGCUGGGAGCUGAUGGCGGUCGGCCUGGCGUUCUUCGCCCCCUCUCCCAAGUUCCGCUGCUACCUGGAGGGCUACAUCCAGAGACACACGGAGCCCACCAGCGACAAGAAAUGUGAGUCUCAAACUGAGCAACAGGUGACUCAGUUCAUAUUGGAGCAGCAGGACCUAAAGCUGAAGAAGAAUUCAAAGUCCAGAAAGAAGAGGAAACAGAGCACGGAUGAGGACGAAGGUCUGCCCAUCAGCACAUACGCCAAGUUCUGCUAUCGGAAACUGCAGAAGGUGGCGAUCACCGGAGGCAAAAAGGGUCUUCGCAAGCCCACCUUGGAGGAGAUCGACCACAGCAGGCGGGCCAUCGUCACGCCCUCCCUGUUCGGCAGUUCUCUGGAGGAGGUGAUGGAGAGGCAGAGCGAGCUCUUCCCCGACAGGAAACUGCCCUGGGUGCAGGUUCAGCUUUCCCAGUACGUCCUGGCGCUGGGCGGGGCUCAGACUGAGGGCAUCUUCAGAGUGCCUGGAGACAUUGAUGAAGUGAAUGCUCUGAAGCUCCAAGUGGACCAGUGGAGGAUCCCAGAGAACCUCUCCGAUCCCAACGUCCCUGCCUCUCUGAUGAAGCUGUGGUAUCGAGAGCUGGAGGAACCUCUCAUCCCGAUGAACUUCUACAAGCAGUGCGUCAGCAACUGUGACGACCCGGUGGCGGCCAUCACUGUGGUCCAGUCUCUGCCCGAGCUCAACAGGCUGGUGCUGUGCUACUUCAUCCACUUCCUGCAGGUAUUCGCUCAGCCGUCCAACGUGGCUGUGACCAAGAUGGACGUGAACAACCUGGCCAUGGUGAUGGCUCCCAACUGCCUCCGAUGCGAGUCCGACGACCCGCGGAUCAUCUUCGAGAACACGCGCAAGGAGAUGUCCUUCCUGAGAAUGCUGAUCGUUCACCUGGAGACGGGUUUCGUUGAAGGGGUGGUGUAGACCACCCUCCCCCACCCCUCCUCCCAGGUGCUGAAUCGGCAUCUCCGGUUACACAUUUACAAUCGUGCACAAACACUGUUUGGGUUCAGACCACACUGGAAGCUCUCUGGGCCAGAUGUUGCAACACGAGCAGAGUGAAAACGGCUCGGACUUUGGACCCCUUGUUUCCUUGCUUUCUCACAGAGAGACGAAAAGCCGAGGUUUCACCGCGUUCUCCUUUUUGAUACUAAAAUCAACAGUGACGGCUUCGAAGCGUCUCGCUUUUAGAUGUUGGUAUUUUUUCUCAGCGCUGCGUGAGUGAACAGCUUUACUCCGAAUGGGCGGUGGCGCGGUUCCACGGGAGAACCGGGCUGCAAGAAGCUAGAGUCUUAAGAGUAUUUCAGAAGUAAUCGCAUUCACUAGACACCUGAAGACCGCAGCGUUGACAUUCUGAUUUCAUUCAAGUGUGUGUGUGUGUGUGUGUGUGUGUGUGUGUGUGUGUGUAAGAAAGACACAGACUUCCUUUAGCGUGUACAGAAAGAUUUACUAAAUAUUUUUUUAAAAAGUAAAAGAAUGCUUGUAAGGGCGUCUUAUUAAUAAGCUUGCCUGUGCCGUCUUCAUACCGGUAGCCGGUCUCCAAGCAGCCGCUCCGAGUACGGAGCCUUCAUUUCAAAGUGCAUGCUGGGAGGAUUUGCGGAGAGCUCUUUUGUAACGGAUGGCGGCCAUUUCCUGAGGAAAUAAUCUGGGAAGUGCUUUGAUUUUACAACUCUAAACGCUCGAGACUAGUUGUAAUUACAGUUUAUGUCAUAGCGAUGGGGAGGGUGGUUGGUAAUUCAACUGAUAAUCUUUGUUAUAUAUACACACACAUACAUAUAUAUAUAUAUAUAUAUAUAUAUAUAUAUAUAUAUAUAAAUAAAUACAAAAAAAAACAUCUUUUAAUUGGAUUUGUGUUAUCUUUUGUUUGUGGUCUGUAUGUUUUUCCUGCUCAGGUCUUCUAAUAAAACGGGUGUAGGAUGUGAUAACUGUACACGGCCUCCCUCACAGAGCGUGAGCCCCGAUACUAAGAAUGGAGUGUUGUUCAACUGUGGAGCACUAAGAGAAUGUAGAUGAAGCUUUUUGUGACCGCUCAGGCUUUGCCUAAUAUGUAAAUAAAUUAUCUGUGUAAAUAGCAUUAACUCUCCUCCAGCGUAUCCUAAUGAUCCAGGUUAAGGGUGAACUUAAAUGUCGCUGCAAAGAGCAAUAAAAAAAAAAAGAAAACAUUGUUUUUGUAAUUAACUGUUCAUUUCUCUGCUGUAACCGCCUGCCUUUUGAACAGAGGACGGAUUCAAACCACUCUCCGUGUGUGCGUGUGUGUGUAUAUGUGUGUGUUUGCAUACCUUCUUGUUAUAAUAUGGAAUGACUGUCCAUGAAUAAAGGUUUGUUCAAUUGUA